GUCAGGGUGGUGAGGUCUCUCUGGGGGAGAGAGAGAGAGAGAGAGGAGCCGUGUGGGUUUCUGUUAAAACACUUUUGCUGUUUCAAGUUGUUUUCAUUUCAACCCAUCGUCUCUGGAUACACAUUUCUGCAACCUAUCAGCAGCCCUCCUUCCUACCUCUCUCUCUCUCUCUCUCUCUCUAUCUCUGUCAAUCUCUUCCCCCACCCAUCUUCAUUUCCUUUCAUUUCUAUCUGGCAAAUGAAAAUGACCUUGCAACAGUUCAACAGCAUCACCAUCUGCCAUCAUGAAAAUGAAGGCAUGCCUAGCAACUAUAUCUAUCCCCCACAAGAGAAUUCCUAUGGCGGUGUAAGGAGGAGCUAUUCAUCUUCUCCUUCUUCAAUGGGGGUGUUUGCAGAUAUUGGCUCUCUCUCCAUUACUCCCAGCUACGGAGGAGCUUCAGCAGCCUCUUCUUCAGGAGAAAGCUAUUACUGCAAAAGCGCUGAGAAGGGUAGGAGAACUUGCUGGGCUUUUCCUUUUAUGGGUAACUGCAACAGCAGUAGCUUGGAAGACCAUCAUCCCCACAACAACAACAACAACAACGACAGCGAGGUGGGUGAUGGGAAGGGCUCUGAUUCCAGUGACAAUGCCAUGGAAGAGGACAGAGCAAAUGAAGACAACCCAAAUGAAAAUUCAGGAGGAUGCAAGGAACCAGACAGUGGGCAGUCUAAGCUUUGUGCCAGAGGCCAUUGGAGGCCUGCAGAAGACACCAAGCUCAAGGAACUCGUAGCUCUUUAUGGCCCUCAGAACUGGAAUCUUAUAGCAGAGAAGCUGGAAGGAAGAUCAGGUAAGAGCUGUAGAUUGAGGUGGUUUAACCAGUUAGAUCCCAGGAUCAACAGAAGAGCUUUUAGCGAAGAAGAGGAAGACAGGCUAAUGGCUGCUCAUAGAUUGUAUGGGAAUAAAUGGGCUAUGAUUGCAAGGCUUUUUCCGGGCAGGACUGAUAACGCAGUCAAGAACCAUUGGCAUGUUAUCAUGGCAAGAAAAUACAGAGAGCAGUCCAGUGCUUAUAGGAGGAGGAAGCUGAGUCAAGCUGUUCAGAGAAGGUUGGAAGAUGCUAGCAGCUUUGUCUGCAAAGAUACAACCACAAGAACAGAACCCGUUUCCCUCAAUCUCUCCAGUUUCAGCAACCCAUCUUCCUUCCCGUUUGCUACUGCCGUCGAUGUUCCAAAUGGCCCAGUUCCCAUGACCAAUGGAGGAGAAGACUCAGCUUCAAGCUACAGGGAUUUGUUCCAUGGUUUAACCAGCAACAAGCUCUCUUCUUACAGUGGGUCUUGUGGAGAACAGGCACCUUUCGAUUUCCUUUCUGGUCCCAAGAUUCAUGACAAGGCAAGCUUUUUCAGCAAUAGCAGGCAAUGGGAUAGGGCAGGAGAUGAUUCCCACACUGGUUAUUAUCACCACCCUCCAUUGAUGAUGGCAGUGCCACAGUCAAACCAUCACUCUUCUUACUUGUCUGACUCAACAACAUCAACAUCCCAAGCAUCAGCCAAUGAAUCAUCACUGAUAGAGAGCCAGUUUGACAACCCCAUUUCACCACCAUUCAUAGACUUUCUUGGAGUUGGAGCUACCUGAAGGAAAGGCCCCGAGAAGGGAAAAAGGAAAAUUGAGUCGAUGAAAAGAGAGCUGAUUCUAAAAACCCAGGUGUCAUUAAUGGUAAAAAGGAGGGUAGGAGAGGGUACUAAUGUACUGUUGGAUGGCAGAAAUAUCUGCAAUAAUCGUCGUAAGCAACCUCACUCCUUUCUUCCUUGUGACCCACCAACUUCAUAUGAAACCACUUCCUGUGAAAGAAUAAAGAUACAUUUGAGUAAAGUACCA